CCUCCCUCCUCGUCACGCGAGAUUAAACGAGGUUAAGGAAUGAAUAGCUGGAGGGACAGACGGGUGAAGUAGCAGCGCGCGCAAGCUGUAUGAGCAACGCACGCGCUCCAACACAACCACCCACACCUUUAACGCUGAGGAGGAGGUGGAGGGCGCGAGCUCCGGACAAGCAGCUGUGGCGCGCGCAGGGGUUCUGAAGAACAAAAAAACGACAGUUAGUUUUUAAAUUUAGUUUUCAAAUUUAAAAUCUGGAAUUCUACUGUGACCGUUAAAGGAACCGUCGUUAUUUGUAAAAGGGCUCUUGCCCCACACUAGCUGAGAGAAUGCAGGUGAUGGGCAUAAGGGCACUAAGUCCACUUCUUCUCCUGGCAUUAACAUCAUUGUUCAUCAAACCAACACAUGGACAAGUGCCUGCUCCCAGAAGAUUGCGUUUUAAGGAGCUAGGCUCAGGCAAGCUCAGUGUGUCCUGGAAGGAACCGAAAGGAGAGUUUGACAGCUACAGAUUCAUCUACAGCUCUGGUCCAGGAGAACAAGAGAGAGGCGUGCAGGUGUUGAAGCAAGACGCCAAAGCUGUGAUCACUGACUUUGAUAGCCGUAAAGAGUACAGCUUCAAAGUCUACACCGUCAGCGGCAGUCAGUUGAGCAAACCACUCCUGGGGACAUAUAAAGCUUCAAGGUCAGAGGUGAGUGACCGUGACCCACUGACUCCCAGUGUAAAGCCUGACAGCGAGCCUGAGCAGGGAAAUGAGAUCAUCGAAGAGAUUUCAUUCAUGUGUAAAACUCCAGCCAUUGCUGAUAUUGUGAUUCUGGUGGAUGGCUCUUGGAGUAUAGGGCGCUUUAAUUUCCGCCUGGUACGUACGUUUCUGGAGAACCUGGUGACAGCAUUCUCCAUCAGCUCGGACCAGACACGUAUCGGAUUGGCUCAGUACAGUGGUGACCCAAGAAUUGAGUGGCACCUCAAUACACACUCCACAAAAGAAGAUGUCAUCAACGCUGUGAAGAAUUUGCCAUAUAAGGGAGGAAACACACUAACAGGUCUAGCCCUGAUGUAUAUUCUUGAAAACAGCUUUAAGCCUGAGUCUGGAUCCAGGACAGAUGUUCCAAAAAUUGGAAUCCUAAUCACGGACGGGAAAUCUCAGGAUGAUGUCAUCGGCCCUGCCCAGAGUCUCAGGGAUGCAGGAAUAGAGCUGUUUGCCAUUGGUGUGAAGAAUGCUGAUGAAAAUGAGUUGAGGAUGAUUGCAUCUCCUCCAGAAGAGACCCACGUGUAUAAUGUGGCUGACUUUAAUUUCAUGAGCUCAAUAGUGGAGGGUUUGACCAGAACCGUGUGUCAGCGUGUGGAUUAUCUCAACAGAGAGAUCAAAGGUGAAUCCACGUCCAAUACAAUUCCAGAUGCACCCAGUGACCUUGUGACCUCUGAGGUCACAGCCAGGAGUUUCCGUGUCUCCUGGACCCAUGCUCCUGGAACAGUGGAGAAGUAUAGAGUGGUGUACCAUGCGUCCAGAGGUGGCAAACCAGAGGAGGCGGUGGUGAACGGUGAUCAGAACUCUGUAAUCCUCCAACAUCUGAACUCUGUGACUGAGUACCAAGUGGCUGUCUUUGCUGUCUACAGUAACUCUGCCAGUGAAGGUCUGAGAGGCAGCGAAACCACAUUGGCCUUGCCCAUGGUGAAUAACUUGUAUCUGUAUGACAUCACGCACAAUAGCAUGCGGGUGCGAUGGGUCCCUGCAGAAGGGGCUUCUGGGUACAUGAUCCUGUAUGCCCCAUUGAGUGAUCAAGGCUCAUCGGAUGAGAAGGAGGUUAAAAUAUCAGAGAGUGUAACUGAGAUUGAGCUAGAUGGUCUGACUCCUGCAACCGAGUACACUGUCACAGUCUAUGCCAUGUAUGGAGAUGAAGCCAGUGACCCCCAGACAGGGCAGGAGACAACACUUUCUCUCAGUCCAGCACGAGACCUACGCAUCACUGACGUGACUCACAAUUCAGCUAAGCUCAGCUGGGUAGCCGCGUCUCGUAAAGUGAAAGGCUACCGCAUCAUGUACGUGAAAACAGACGGAGAUCAGACCAAUGAGGUUGAAGUCGGUCGAGUCACCACAAAGUUGCUAAGUGACCUCACCUCUUUGACAGAGUACACAGUGGCUAUCUACGCCAUCUACGAUGAGGGACAAGCCGAUCCCCUGACAGAGAGCUUUACAACUAGGAGUGUUCCUGUCCCUGUGAGUGUGAGGAGCAGUGAUGUGACCACAGAUAGUUUCAGAGUAAGCUGGCAGCAUGCAGCGUCUGGCAUUUCCCUCUACAGACUCACCUGGAAGCCAGUCAAAGGAGGAGACACCAGAGAGAUGGUGAUUGGGGGUAAUCUAAAUUCCUAUGUGAUUUUGGGUCUGAAGCCACAAACUGAGUAUGAGGUCGCUCUCUCCGCCAUCUACAAAGACAAAGCUGAGAGUGAGACAGUCAUGCUCAUUGAAACUACAGUUGCUAGAACAACAACAGCGGCGACUACCACCACAACUACAGCAGUGGCUAAGAUGGGUGUGCGAGGUCUGCAGCUGAGCGAUUUUACUACAUUCAGCAUGUUAUCAUCGUGGGAACUGCUCGGCUCAAAUGUGUAUCAGUAUAGAGUAUCCUACGUUUCAACACGUGGUGACAGAGCUGAACAAGUGAUCAUGGUUCCUGGCAAUCAGAACUCGGUGGUGUUGCAGCCGUUGAUGUCAGACACAGAAUACAGAGUGAGUGUGACAGCUGUUUAUGCAGACGGAGACGGACCAGCCAGUACACGCUCCGCUCGCACAUUGCCUCUUCUUGCUCCUAAGAACCUGAAGGUGUCAGAAGAAUGGUUCAAUCGCUUCCGUAUCACCUGGGACACGCCACCAUCUCCCACUAUGGGAUACAGAGUAAUCUACCAGCCCAUCUCAGUACCAGGCCGGGCCCUGGAGACAUUCGUUGGUGAUGAUGUAAACACCAUGCUGAUCUUAAACCUGUUGAGUGGGACAGAAUACAGUGUAAAGGUCAUUGCCACGUACACCACAGGCUCCAGCGACGCUCUCACUGGCAAAGCCAAAACACUGUACCUGGGCGUAACAAAUCUGAACACCUAUCAGGUACGAGUGAACAGUAUGUGUGCUCAGUGGCAAGCUCAUUCUCACGCCACCCGGUACCGUGUGACCAUCGAGUCCCUGCUCAAUGGCCAGAAGCAGGAAGUGAGCUUGGAUGGCUCUGACAACAAGCAUUGCUUUAGCGACCUGAAUCCAAACACGCAAUACAAAAUCAGUGUUUAUGCUCUGCUACAGGAGGUAGAGGGCCCUGCUGUCACCACUAUCCAGAAAACACUCCCGGUGCCCACCAUUCCUCCCACCAGGCCUCCCACCACCACGCCGCUCCCCACCAUCCCUGUCGCUAAGGAGGUUUGCAAAGCCGCAAAGGCAGAUCUUGUGUUUUUGGUUGACGGCUCAUGGAGCAUCGGCGAUGACAACUUCCUAAAAAUCAUCCGCUUCCUGUACAGCACAGCAGGAGCACUGGAUGAAAUUGGACCUGGAGGCACACAGGUAGCCAUAGCCCAGUUCAGCGACGAUGCUCGCACCGAGUUUAAGCUCAACUCAUAUGAAAACAAGGAGAGUCUCCUGGAUGCUAUUCAGAGGAUUUCAUAUAAAGGAGGCAACACUAAAACAGGUAGAGCUAUGCAGCAUGUGAAGGAUGCAGUCUUCACCAGGGCCGGAGGAACCAGGAGGGGUGUACCCAAAGUGCUAGUCGUACUAACGGACGGACGUUCCCAAGACGACGUCAACAAAAUCUCCCAUGAGAUACAGAUGGAAGGUUACAUCGUGUUUGCAAUCGGUUUUGCCGACGCCGACUACGGAGAGCUGGUGAGCAUCGCCAGCAAGCCCAGCGAAAGGCACGUGUUCUUUGUGGACGACCUCGACGCUUUUCGAAAGAUCGAAGAGAAACUCAUUACGUUUGUCUGUGAGGCUGCGACGGCGACUUGUCCUUCUGUAGCAAUGAGCGGCAGCACGUUACCAGGAUUUAGAAUGAUGGAAAUGUUUGGACUGGUGGAGAAUCUGUACAGCAACGUGGCAGGUGUUUCCAUGGAGCCAGGAACCUUUAACAGCUUUAGUAGCUACAGAAUUAGCAGUGAUGCCCUGCUGGCACAACCCACCAGGUUUAUCCACCCCGAGGGUCUGCCAUCUGAUUACACAAUCACUGUGGUGUUCCGCCUGCUGCCCCAAACCCCCGUGGAGCCCUUCGCAUUAUGGGAAAUUCUCAAUAAAGAAAAGGAACCCUUAGUGGGUGUCAUCCUAGAUAAUGCAGGGAAGACCCUGACAUUCUUCAAUAACGACUACAGGAGAGAUUUUCAGACUGUAACAUUUGAGGGUCCUGAGAUUAAACGACUCUUCUAUGGCAGUUUCCACAAGUUGCAUAUAGCGGUGAGUAAGACAUUGGCACAAGUGCUGGUGGACUGUAAACUGGCUGGAGAGAAGCCCAUUAAUGCUGCUGGGAACAUCACCACUGACGGCAUGGAGGUUUUGGGGAGAAUGGUCCGAUCCCGGGGAGAUAGGGACAACUCUGCACCGUUUCAGCUCCAGUCAUUUGAUAUUGUGUGUAGUACAUCAUGGGCUCGUCGAGACAAGUGCUGCGAUCUUCCCAGUCUGAGGAAGGAGGCAGAUUGUCCUGCACUGCCUCGAGCGUGUACAUGCACUCAGGACAGUAAAGGCCCUGCUGGUCCACCAGGACCACCGGGCGGUCCUGGUAUUAGAGGAACAAGAGGAGAUCGAGGAGAGCCUGGACCUGUGGGUCCAGUGGGUCCAGUUGGAGAAUCAGGAGUACCAGGACCUCAGGGCCCUCCUGGCCCUCAGGGGCUCAGCGGCCGAUCCAUCAGAGGCCCUCCAGGUGGUCCGGGUGAAAAAGGGGAAAAAGGUGAAGCAGGACUUCGAGGUACACAGGGUAUCCCAGGAAACUCAGGAAGCCCGGGGAGGGACGGUCCUCCUGGACCCAGAGGUUUGCCGGGUAACGACGGGCCACAGGGCAGAGCGGGACCUCCGGGAAAUAUUGGAGGACCAGGAGCUCCAGGGGCCCCGGGACAGAAUGGCCCUCCAGGACCCACCGGCGAUCAGGGACCCCGAGGCCUUGCAGGUUCGAAAGGAGACAAGGGAGAACGAGGGGAUGCACAGUCCACUUCUUCAGUCCAAGCCAUUGCCAGACAAGUGUGUGAGCAGCUCAUACAGACUCACAUGGCUCGUUAUAACUCCAUCCUGAAUCACAUUCCGAGGCAGCAGGCGGCCUCUGUUCGCACUGUCCCCGGGCCUCCAGGUGAACCCGGUCGAGCCGGACCUCCAGGACAACAAGGAGAGCAGGGUCCUCCUGGACGUCCCGGAUUUCCAGGAACCAACGGAGAAAACGGCCAGCCUGGAGUCAGAGGUCUUCCAGGUGACAAAGGAGAGAAGGGAAGCUCAGGUGUUGGUGUCCAGGGUCCCAGAGGACCUUCAGGACCUCCAGGACCUCCUGGUGAGGGCAGAAGUGGUAGCCCUGGUCCAUCUGGUCGCCCUGGUAACCCUGGUGGUUCCGGGAGACCGGGCAUUCCUGGACCAGUAGGACCGCCUGGACCCCCAGGAUACUGUGAUCCAAACUCCUGCGGAAUGAGGUUCUUUCAUCAUGAAGUGACUGACAGAGAUAUUCCCGUAGCCCCAAUGCAGCCAAACCCCUACCAAACAUACGGUCCCGAUGAGGUGGAGGGAGGGGAGGAGGAUCCGUACGCCGGCUACGGCACGCAUCACUCCUACUACCAGCCCAGCUACCCCGAGCCACACCCGGUCGGGCCUGAGGAACCCAUCGCAAUCGUGGAUGUAGAGGAAGAACUGCGAUCUCCAGGCAUCCAGCGUCUCACGCGCAGCACAGAAGAGCAGGAGCAUAACAGAGAGACGAGAACGAGCGCUCACUUCUGAUCAACACCGACUACAAUCCAGUUCUAAAUCCUUUCGACACAAAAUGAAGUCCCAUUUUACAGAUCACAGGAACGACAAGGGGCUGUCGCAAAAAACACUACGCUAUCUCAGAACGUCUAUUUAAGAAUAGUGGCACAUGCAUUUCCAAAUUUUUUUUUCUUUAGGUCGUCACAUGAUGUACAAAGCAAGAAAUGACAUCACAGCAAGUUGAAAUAUCUUGAAUCUAGUCUAAAAAUGUAUCUACUAUUUCUUAACAUAAGCUUACACCACAUAAGAUUUAUAGACACGUUUACCAAUAUUUAAACAUUAUAUAUUUUUUUAAUUCUAUUGGCAGAACAUUUUGCGCCUUUCUUGAAAUAAAAAAAAAAAAAAUCUGCCAAGAAAAGCAGAAAGAUUAUUAUACAAUAUUGUACAUCUUAUAAGUAGUAAAAUAUUAUCUUACAUUUGGAUUAUUGAAUGAGAUCAGUUUGAGUUGAUUCAAGAUAUUUUAACACGCAAAGAUGUUUUUUUGCAGCAUCGUUUUUUUUGUGUUUGUUUUUCCCAAUGUGUUUGAUAAUAGUUUAUUUUUCUAAUUAAACAUAAAAAUGUACUAAAUGUUUCCCCUUUAACUAAUUAACAUGGAGCGAGACUGUAGAACUGUGAAACAGGACGAGAACUCUGGAGGUGCUGAACAGAAGUACGUAAACUUCAUCGGUGUCUAAGAACAUAAUGUGGGAACUUACAGGAAAUGAUCUAAGAAGAAGGAUAAACUUCAGACGUGGUGUUUCUACCAAAAUUACUCCUUUUUUCAGGGCUGACUCACAAAGGGAACUCCAUUAUGUUACACCCUAUGUAGUGACUGUGUAUACAAUGUAUUAUGUAACAUUACCUUUCUGGACAGUAUAUAAUAAUAUAUAAAUUAUAUUCUGUAAAUGCAAUUUCUGACCCGUAUGUCAGCACAAUCACGCAAAUAUUUUAGACAUAAAUAGGCUAAAUAUAAUCAGACUUAAGUCACUUUUCACACUUGAAAUUGUUUCCCUGAGUGAUAUAAAAUGAACAGAAUUAACCUUCUUCUUAUUUGCAUAUUCGUGUAUCAAAAGACAUGAUUGGAUAAAUCCAGUGCUUGAUUUAAAUAACGGUUUGUCUCACGGUUUCCAAUCAGUGAAUAAAAAGUUCAGGUGUGCCGUUCAGUGCUGAGCAGGUGUUGUUAUCUUUCACAGCUUUUUAAUCUUUUUUGGCCAUUUUAAGUUUGUCAUGUAACUGACCAGCCGUUCGUUGAUAUCCAACCUCCGCACGUGUUGGGUGUCACGUCUUUUAUUCCCUUCCACUACAGCGCAGACUGCCGUGAUAUUUUGCCACCUGACUCUGUCUACUGAGCCGUUUAUGCUAAGUGUUGCUACGUCCGGGUUUUCACGUGACAUGAGACAAGCUCUGUUUAGUUUCUGAUUCUGUUGCUAAGCAACUAGAACUUUCUAACCACAUCAUUUCACACUGAACGGUACGUUUGACACCACGACACUAAAAACCUCACUGAUUCUGCAUUGGAGCAGAGUUUUAUAACCUCGAAAUUACACCUUUGCAACAUACCUUAGCUUGGGGUUAAGUGGGGGGUGAAAAUCUUUCUGUUGUCGCUGAGACACAUAUUUGUUUACUUUGUUCAGACCAGGUCAGCACAAGUUAAAAUCAACGAAAGACGAAUUAAAUUAAAAACAAAUUACCAUCAGAGAAUAAAAAAAAAAUACAAUAGGAACCUUGAUAAGUAAAAAAAAUGGAACAGCCCUAGUAACAGUUCCAUGUGAUUGUGGUGAGGUUCUCUGUAAAGGUUUAAGCACUGUAUCAUGAUACUCAUUCAUGCAGGUAGCAACUGUAGAGUUCUAACUACAGCCUUUAUUAUUGAUUUUAUUUUUAACUUUUUUUUUAUCCACACACAUUUAUCUAGAGCUUAUAAUGUAGUCAGAAUACAAUCAAAGCACAGGGCUGAGCUUUUGGAGGUUAAGUGGCUCUCUGGUAGUCCUGGGACCGAGCAUUAGCUCUGAGCUAGCACUGCAUGGGUAAGAUCUAAAAUUCGAAAAAAGUAUUAUGAGAUUUAAAAGGGCGGAUUUGAAAGAUUUGGUGGAAUGAGAGAAAAGCGUGCUCAUGAGCAGUGAGGUGUGAUUUGUGAAACUUUUUAAGUGCCUGAUACACACAGCAGAGAUUCUCUUUUCUUCAUGCCAUAUCCAGUCAUCUCUCGCUUGCUUUCAGCAAUCAGAAGUGUCCUGUUGCUCUGUCAGAUAUCGCACGCUGCCAGUCACAAAUACUUCGACAAAUGGAGUUGUUAAACAGGCCGGAAAAGGAAGAAAACACAUCAGGAAUGGAGAUAUAGUAAAAUAAUCCACGACUCGUUCACAUAUUGAGGUGUUGAACAUUUUCUAAUUCAAAAUCUAAACAUUUAUUUUCCUGUUAUACCUCAGAAAAUGACCAAAAACGUGUUAAUUGGCGUUUAGGCUUUUUUUUUAAUUAUUAUUAAUAAAACCAAAAAUUUGCAAGGUUUGUUACCAAGAAAGUCUUGAAGACUUUUAAGACUUCUUCCAUAAACGUUCCAUAAAUUCACCAUGUCAGCAAUUAAAGGUUUUGAAUGAAUAAAUAAGAUGUAAUUUUUGAUAACAUGGAGUGUUUUCCACACAUUAGCUUGCUCAUAUAAAUGGUUUUGAGGCUGAACUGGUGUCUGAGCUGCUGUUAUUGAAAACACAAAGAAAAACUUGACCUCCUGUGUUUAAAAGUUUUAACCGUCCGCUUUCAGGUCCGUGGAACGACCAUAAUUCAUUGAAAACUUUUUUAUUUCCCCAUUCUAGUGAUUUUAAGAAAACACUCUGGGUCACAGAACAAUAUGACGUUUAGAUAGAUGGACAAUCUGGACAAAUCUGUAUUAAACGUCACUGAGGUAACAAUCAGGGAAUCACGCUGGUGCGCUGAACAUAAAAUCUGUCCUGUUCACAAUGAGAAAAAAAAACGUCUCUAAUUCCUGUCAUCUUUGUCAUUUAGCUUUAACACUGAAUUCAUCGACUCCUCUGUAAUAAGUGCCUGUUCAUAGUAUGAACCCUGUAUGCUAAAUCUAUUCCAGCUCAUUUUGUAGACCAGUAGAGUUCAGUUCAUAAGUGUGUUUUAUCUCAAACCUUCUCAAUCUACUGUUGUAAGGAUUUGUUUUAAUGAAACGUUGGCAGUUGAAACGUUUUAACCGUCACGAUUAUUUAUUGUGUUUAAUUCCUGGUGUUUUGUUAGUAUAAUGGCUUUGUGCUUGUUUUGUACAAUACUUACAUAAUCAUCAACACAAACAUAGACAUUACUCUGAAAACGUAUUGUGUUUAUCUUGCUGUUGUACAUGCCGGCUGAUGUUCUUCAUGGUUAUAUCAAAACCCAAUCAAAUGGUGCUAAAUGUGUUCAUAUAUAAAUAUAUAUACAGAA